ACCCUUCCCGUCAUCUCCUCGUCAAUCUCUGAGUUUCUCGCUCUAGCUUUCUCUCUCUACUACCAGUUUUAAUUUCACUUUCCCAGCCUCCCAGAAUGGGAGAUUUGGCGCGACCGUUUGUUGAUGAGGUACAAAAGGCAGAUAAGAAGGCGCCCUUUUGGAUAAAGUUUAUCCACUCUGUUAUUGGGUGGUUACUUUUGUUAGUAGAAAUUGGGUUGAGAGUAGUAAUUGGGUUGAGCUGCAUUCUCCCCACCAGUGUCAGCAUAACUUUCAUUUUCUUCUUCCCCGUUAUCAUGUCUAUGUUGGUGAUGGAACUAUUGGUUUGGUUUAAAAUUCUUCAACUUGACCAAAACGUCGAAGAGGACCGUGCACUUUGGAAUCGUGCACAGAAGUUGUUGGGAACUCUGAUAGCUAUUAGUAUGGCUGUAGCAUGUGUUCUUUGUGGGGUGUAUGGAAGUGUUGACGAGCUGGGUGUUGGCAAUGCAAUUCUUAAAGUUGUUCAACUGUGCAUUGGUGGAAUCAUUAUCAUCUUCCUGGACGAAAUUAAAAAGAGAUACAGUCUAGAAUAUAAAGAAAUAUCCUCCUUGUUUAAAACUGUUACUGUUCGUAUGAUCUGUUUAUUUGAGUUACUUCUCUCCAGCGUACUUGCCGGAGUCUUGAUAGUCUUGGUAGUCUUCAUAGUCUAUCAAGAUGGAAUCGUCGCAACCGCCAACUUGGUGGUCGAAGAAGUGGUCGAAGAAUUCACGAGGCCAAUAAAUCUAAGUCUCGUGCUUUUGAUUUUGUUGGCGUUAUGUUUAAUUUUCUUGAAGAAAUCAGAGAAAAAGAAAUUAAUGUAACUAGGAAAAUUUCGCUUCUCCCUAUUGUAUUGCAUAGACGUUUAUCUUUUGUAAGAAGGUAUAUACUAAAGCUUAAUUUUAAUAUAUGCAUAUU